AUGGCGUUAAUGACAUCUGAGAGGAAAGACUUUAGCCUUUCAGGACCAUUUCACCUAACUUCUAUUGACUGGGGGAGUGAAAACCAUCGAAGGUCUGUUGCUGCCAGUUUGGUUCAGGGUGUCUACAUUCUCGAACGGGACCGCCAAGCAAACCGUCAAGGUUCCCAUGCCCUUGCUCCUCCUUGGUGGGAGUUUCUCCAUUUUCGGCUGCUUCGUCCCUUUGUAGAUGAUGCUGAUUGUUCCAUCUUUGGAGCCAUUUAUGAAUUCAAUCCUCCAGCGUCUCACCGUAACCACUCACUAGAUGGAAGUCCACGAUACGUGAUUGCUUUCCGAGGCACCUUACUAAAGCGACAAUCCUGCUCUCAGGAUCUCAAGUCGGAUCUGGCCGUCAUUCGGAAUGGACUUGACCAGACAUCUCGUUUUGAGAUUGCCAUGCAACAUGUCUGUAACAUGGUUGCUACAGUUGGCGAUUCAAAUGUCUGGUUAGCUGGCCAUUCCCUUGGUUCAGCAAUUGCAAUGCUUGCCGGAAAAACUAUGGCCAAGAGCGGUGUCUUUCUCGAAUCUUUUCUUUUCAAUCCGCCAUUCAUUUCUGUCCCGAUUGAGAGAUUUAUUGAGGAUGAAAGACUGAAACACAGCCUUGGAAUUGCAAAAAGUGUGAUCACAGCAGGACUCACUGUUGCUAUGAAGACUAAACACCAGAGGAAUACGGAGGAGAAUCAAUUUGCUGCUUUGUCUGCAUGGGUCCCUUGUCUAUUUGUGAACCCCCGUGAUUUUAUCUGUUCAAAAUAUAUUAGGUAUUUUGAACAGAGGAAAUAUAUGGAAGAGAUUGGUGCAGGAGGUAUUGGGAGAUUAGCAGCCCAGAACUCGAUUCGAGGUCUGCUAAUGGAUGCAUCGGGGAAGGACUCAGAACCACUACACCUCAUUCCUUCUGCAAGUCUGACCAUUAAUCCAUCUCCUUCCCAGAAUUUAAAACAAGCUCAUGGACUUGAGCAGUGGUUGAGUCGUGAUCUAAACUUGCAAUCCAAGCUCUACAUGUAUAGAGAGCUGUGA